GUUGUCGUUGGUGAAGUCGCCAUUGGAGACGGUUCGGGUUUUCCAGAGGAAAAGAAACCGACGGGAGAGCGAGAGAGAGGGAGAGAGAGAGAGGGAGGGAGAGCGAGAGCGAGAUGGAGGCGGAACACUACCCCAGAUCCUCCAUUGAGGAUGACUUUAACUACGGCAGUAACGUGGCGUCCGCCAGUGUCCACAUCCGAAUGGCCUUCCUGCGAAAGGUGUACACCAUCCUGUCUCUCCAGAUUAUUUUGACUACCGUGACAUCUGCUGUUUUCAUGUACAGUGAUACAAUUAAGGACUUUAUACACACAAGUCCAGCAUUUGUCCUGGUGCCAGCUUUAGGAUCUCUGGGGCUGAUCAUUGCCCUGGCAAUCUACAGGCACCAGCACCCCAUUAACCUGUACCUCCUGUUUGCUUUUACCCUCUUUGAGGCUAUUACUGUGGCCACUGCAGUCACUUUCUACCAGUAUUCAGUGGUUCUCCAAGCAUUUGUUCUUACAACUGCUGUAUUCCUUGGUCUAACAUCCUACACAUUCCAAUCCAAGAGAGACUUCAGUAAAUAUGGAGCAGGGCUUUUUGCUUGCCUGUGGAUUCUGAUCCUGGCUGGGUUUUUCCGUCUGUUCUUCUUCAGUGAGACAAUGGAACUAGUGUUUGCGUCUGCAGGAGCUCUCCUCUUCUGUGGCUUUAUCAUCUACGACACACACGUACUGAUGCACAAACUGUCACCUGAAGAGUACAUUCUGGCUUCAAUUAACCUGUACUUGGAUAUCAUCAAUCUCUUCCUGCAUAUCCUUCGCAUCCUUGAAUCAAUUAAUAAAAAGUAACAACCAUGGACAGUUACGUAGAUAAUAUAAAAUCCAGCAAUGUAAUGCACUGCUGAAAUAUGUACACUCUGUGCAAUAACUUUACAUGGUUUACAUUACCUAACUAUUCUGAAUGAAUUGUAUAUAUAUUUAAUCAUACAAGAUGAUUAAUUGUAGAAUUAAUACAGUGCACUUUUCCUUCAGGUGAAAUGGCUUCCUUAUGUGUUGUAAGCAUUUUAUGAUUUUAGAAAUGUAAAGUGGUCUAUUUCGGGGGAAUCAUUUCUAAAGAAAAUUACUUUUGUGGAUGAGCACAACUCAAGGACCAGAUCCAGUUAUGAUAAAUAAAUAUCUGCGGUUUUAUUAGGGGUGGGGAAAUCUUUUAUGACUUUGGGAUUAGAAUUAAACUUUUUUUUAAAACUUUAUUCAGCUUGGAAAUGUUGUACUAUACUGGAGAAGUAAAAUAAAAUUUUAGCUGUUUGGUUGUG